UCGCAUCCCCUAUAAAACCUCGCUUCAACGCAGACCACGCUUUUCAUCUGAAAAUUUCGAAUCUUUCUCUUUGUUUUUCUCUCUUUAACCGAUUCGUAGUCAAACAUAGUUAGAUUUUCUUCUUCUUCAGUUCCUUUUGAGGGUUUUAGACGUGGUUUUGUUUCGUUGUUAGCUGAGCUGAGCUGAGAUGGAUACCGGUGCGAAAGUGAAGAAGGGAGCUGGAGGAAGGAAAGGAGGAGGUCCGAAAAAGAAGCCGGUUUCGAGGUCGGUGAAGGCCGGCCUUCAGUUUCCGGUCGGUAGGAUUGGUCGGUACUUGAAGAAGGGGAGGUACUCUCAGCGUGUUGGAACCGGAGCUCCGGUUUACUUGGCUGCCGUCCUUGAAUACCUGGCUGCUGAGGUGUUGGAACUGGCAGGAAAUGCAGCUCGUGACAACAAGAAGAACAGGAUCAUUCCAAGGCACGUGUUGUUAGCCGUAAGGAAUGAUGAAGAACUUGGCAAGCUUCUCGCCGGAGUGACCAUUGCUCAUGGAGGUGUUCUUCCAAACAUCAACCCGGUUCUUUUACCCAAGAAGACUGACAAAGCAGCCAAGGAGCCCAAAUCUCCCUCCAAGGCUACCAAAUCCCCAAGGAAAGCCUAAUUAGCCCAAAACUACCCUCUUUGAUUAGAUUGCUCACUCUUAAUGAUGAUUUGUAUGUAAUUUGCGGUUAGGAGUUUCCUAUGUUUUUGUUUGUUGAUUGUGUAGUGCGAACUUGACAAGCUUAAUCCUUAAUGAAAUUUUUUUUUCUUUUUCUUUUAAAGACGAAAACAUUGCAAUCUAUUGUCCUCUUUCUGAUUGUUAUUUGGGAACUCGUUAUGGAUUUAGUGAAGGAAACGAUUUGUUUCUAAUAUCUAGGAGCUUACUUGGGUCAGCAAAGUUUCGUAGGAUGGUUUUGUUGUAAGCAGGAUCUUUUAUAUAUUGGAAAUACGUUAUUUCUGUGCAAAA